AUGGUGCGGCUCCAGCUCCUCCUAUCAGCCCUAUUCGUGGCGCUGUCCCACCAGACAUGCGUCACCGACGAUGACUGCAGCCUCAACGGCGUCUGUGGCAGAACCGGCGUCUGCAAGUGUGACCCUGCCUGGACCGGCGACGACUGCGGCGCCCUCGACAUCCGCCCCGCCAAGCGCAACGGCGGCUACAACCUGACGGCCGAGGGCACGUCGUCGUGGUGCUCCAAGAUCAUCAAGGAUCCGUGGGAGCGCGGCCUGUACCACCUCUUCGCCUCCGAGUUCACGCACGGCUGCGGGCUCGACUACUGGGCGCCCUACAGCCGCAUCAUCAGGGCCGUGUCGCGCACGGGGCCCGCGGGGCCUUACACCUUCGCGGCCGAGGUCAUGGGCCACUUUGCGCACAACCCGACGGUCGUGUACAGCCCUGCGGACAAGGAGUGGCUCCUGUACUACAUCGGCUGCCCCACGGAGGUCUCGGAUACCUGCCAGUCGCAGAGCUUCACGUGCGGCCCGGGCAACAACGUCAAUGGCGAGAGCGGCGUCUCGGUGCUCAGCAGCCGGGACCUUCGCCAUUGGAGCUUUAAGGGGCAGGUCAUGCAGGGAGACAACACGGCGGACUGGGACGCCGACUUGACCAAUCCUACGGCUUUCCCUCUGUACUCGAGCUCCAGCCACACAGACGCCAUGGUCCUGGUCUAUCGCGGCUGCCCGAUCAACUGCGGUGGCAGCGAGCUGAUCAAUGUCGCCGUUUCGGAGAAGGGCUACGAGGGCCCGUAUACCAAGAUUGAGCCGGACCCCAUCUUCUCCGAUCCCAACGAGGAUCCGUUUGUCUGGCGAGACAAGCGAGGCAACUUCCACAUGCUGAUGCACUCUCUCGAGUCUGACGGCGGCUUUGGCUGGGGGCCCAACGUUGGUCGACAUGCGUGGGCGAGGAACUACACUGGGCCAUGGACGUUUGGCAACAAGACGCUGGCGUUCAGCACCGAGGUCCCGUUCGAUGAUGGGACGACGAUUGAUUACUUCCGCAGAGAGAGGCCGGAGCUGUAUUUCUCGGAGGAUGGCACGAUGACGCCGCUUCUGUUGUCGACGGGUGUUCAGGAGGUGAAUAGUCCUAUGAGCUAUAGUAUUGCUGUUCCUUUGGGAGAUGCGGGUGUCAAGGCUCAGAAUCAGAAGUAG